AUGUCCUACGCAGCAGCGGUCGGUGUGACGGUGGCCUUCAUGAUGUGGUCUUUAGGUGGAGGUGGAAUGGGUGUAUGGGUAGGCUUCCUCAGCGCGUUCUUGCUCGGAGGGGUGGUGGUGGUGGUGGAGAGGUCGCGUCGUUCACUGCCUGAGGAGCCGGCAGUGUUAAAAAUGGAGGUGCAGGAGCUCUGGGGUUGCGUCGAUCUCAAGUCCUUUCGUUUUGGUAUCACGGCGGCGGAGGUGGUGGUGGCGGUUAUGGGGGGAGUUGGGGAUAUGGUGACCUUCGCUGUGACCCCACUCCCUGCCGGUGUCUCAGGGGGAGUUGGGGAUGUGGUGACCCUCGCUGAUCUUCUUCUCCGGGGCGGGGGCGGCGUCAUGGGAAGUCGUGGAAGCGCGGGAAAGAAGUCAGAGACUGGCGGGAUGGCAUUGAUGGCGCCGGGACACAAGUUGAUAGCAGAAUGGCUCCUGCAUGGAGAUCUUGACGAGAGGGCGGAGGGAGAGUCUGGAGAGAGGAGGUGGCACGAGAAGGUGCGGGGGAGGAUGGGGUGGAUGAGGAAGAGGGUGGAGGGAUGGGAGGAGGGUGGAAGAGUCGGGUGGGGGGGCGAAGUGGGAGUUGGGGCGGAGGAGGUUCUCGAUACGCUCAUGUUGGGACCGCGAUGUAAUGUGGCUUAUUUGGGCACCCUGGAGUUCACCCUGCUCUUUGAUCACGAGAACAACUGUCUACACUGUACAAUCCACAAGGCCAAGGGACUAAAGGCCAUGGACUCCAACGGACUGGCCGAUCCAUACGUCAAGCUCCACCUCCUGCCUGGAGCAAGCAAGGCGAACAAGCUCCGCACCAAAACACUGAAGAACACUCUGAACCCGGUGUGGAGCGAGACGCUGAUGUACCACGGCAUCACCGCUAUCGACAUGACCACCAAAACCCUCAGGCUGUGUGUGUGCGACAUGGACAGGCUCGGUCGUAACGAGUUUAUCGGAGAGAUCCGUGUCGCCUUGAAGAAGCUGAGCAAGGGCGAGAGCAAAAGAUUCAAAAUGUCGAAGAGAAUCACACAGAACAAAGACAUCAACAAAGAAACYGUGGAGCAAGGGACACCUGUGGCUGAGGAAGAGCGUGGUCGUAUCCUGGUGUCGCUGUGCUACAGUCCAGAAAAGAGCUGUCUACUGGUUGGCAUCGUACGCUGUGCCCACCUCGCUGCUAUGGACUCCAAUGGGUACUCUGACCCCUUCGUCAAGAUUGUGCUGCAGCCUGAUAUGGGGAAAAAGUCCAAGUACAAAACCACAGUGAAGAAGAAAACUCUCAAUCCCGAGUUUAAUGAGGAGUUUGUGUAUGAAGUUCCACACGACCAGCUGGCGAAGAAAACCCUAGAGAUCUCCGUAUGGGACUACGAUCUGGGGAUGAGCAACGACUUCAUAGGCGGAGUUGAACUGGGCAUAAAUGCCAAGGGAGUGAGGCUGAAACAUUGGUUYGAGUGUCUCAAACACAUCGGCAAGAAAGUUGAGUACUGGCACACCCUCACGCAGCAAGGAGCCCCUCCGGAGGCCCCCCCGCAGUGACUGACAUACACACACACUCAAUUAUUAAAUGAUCAUCAAUGAAUGGUGAAGAAAGAAAGAAAUAAUAAAGUAAUAAAGUAAUACAGUGAUAAAACAUGCAAUAAUGAUACGGAUAAUGAUGAUAUAAUAAUAAGAAUAAUAUUAUUUAUAAUACAAAUCAUAAUAGUAGGUAAUUAUCCCAAUGUAGCUUUUUUAUAAGUAAAUACAUUUGUGAAAAUGUCCCUCGUUGAAAUGUUUAAUGUGAAGGUGCGAACAAAUUUGACCUUAGCCCUCAAUAUUAUGAAGUCACUUGCAUUUCAGUCAUUCAAAUGUACACAUUAAUAGUGUAGAAUCUCUUACCUGCACUGUAACUACAAUACUGGAACAUUCUGUAAGCACCUUYGCCCGACAAGGUCUUGUUACGAACGUUGUAGUCACCAGGUUGUUUCUACUAGGGAUGUAGUUGRAAAWGGUGGGUAAGAGUGCURAACGUCCGGUUGAGAUGACUGGCGUCUAGCAACGCUAAUGCUAACUGCUAUAACAGUUCUAGGAAGUAUGGGUAACUGCAUACUUGGUGUGUCUCUGRAAGUGGCUGUGGCGAAUAAAGUGGGUGGAUCAACAGCGAUGGGUGUAACAUCAGCGCUCUGUUAUUGGUUAGACGGUUUUGACUGAGCGGUGUUGUUUUUCGUUUCUUACCAUGCAACUACCAUACCGCCAGUGUUKGGACUUCAGUUUUGAAGCCAGAAGAUGAGCGCAAUUUGUAUUUCACUGCUACAAAUAGUUGUACAUUUUCAGUGAAUAUAACUGACAACUUUGAAUUUUUUAUUAAAAGUACUUAUGAUGUUGUCACGUCUUCCGCUGAAGUCGGCUCCUCUCCUUGUUCGGGCGACGUUCGGCG